AUGAGCGUCGACUAUGACGAGGACACCAAUAUAGGACGUAAUGAUAGAAGCUCAAUCAAGAGCCUGAACUCACUUUGGAAAAGACUUCCCACUGAUGCUGCAUGCGACAAUGUCAUCGAUCUCGUAACCCAAAUACAGUACUGCAAGCAGUACGAACCAAAUGGCGACUGGGAUAGACUCGAAGGGACAGCGGAUAGCAACAUGAGGUCUUUAGUUGACUUGGAAAAUCGCACUCAACUAAAGCAAUCCAUCGCGAGCGACUUUAUCGAUGAUAUUGAGCAGGAAGCUGAAAUUGUUAAACCAGAGACUCUUUACAGACAGAAACUGAGCAAUCUUAUGCAUAGUUAUAAUAACAAAACAUCACGUCAAAAGUACGGCGAUAGUGAUAAGUUUUCGAGUUACUACAAUUCCAUUUGGGCUGUUUCUAAGCCGGAAGAGGUUGUACCAAGCAUUCGAAAACUCAUUCCAAAAGAGAGUGAUGAUGAAGAUGAUGAUGACUCUGACGUUGAAAUUGGAAGUAUACGCCAGAACUUCAAUGAUCCGAUCACUCUUUGCUUGUUUGAAAACCCGUACACUUCUGACAAAUGCAAGCAUUCUUAUUCUUUCAAUGCAAUUAAAGAAUAUCUUCUUGGUCAGGCAAAGAUAUGUCCAUACAGUGGCUGUAGCGUGAACAUAUCAAUGAUCGAUCUGAGGGAAGAUCAAAGAUUAGCGAAAAGGUAA